CCAUCUGGUCACACUUAUCAAAACAAAAUAUAAUUUCUUGAAAUUUUGUGAAUAUUUAUGAAAACAUGAGCUCACCCACAAGUAAAAGUGUCACCGAAACUAAUGGAAACAAGCCAAAAAAAUCUGGCAAAACAAAUUCUAAUGCUAAAAGUGGAUCCAUGGACACACGCGCUGAAUUGGCCGACCUCAUCAAAAAGAAGGCUGAGACAUCGGAACAACUGGCCAAUCUAGAGCGACAGAUCUACGCCUUCGAGGGUUCCUAUUUAGAAGACACACAAUUAUGCGGAAACAUAAUCCGCGGAUGGGAACGCUACCUGACCUCAAACAAGGCUACCAAUUCCAAGGCCGACAAGCGGAAUCGCAAGUUCAAGGAGGCCGAACGGCUCUUCUCCAAAUCCAGCAUUACCUCAAUGGCUAUAUGCAAUCCUGAGCGCGCCAGCGAAUCGGAUUCCAUUACCAAUGAAGACUCCAGCGACAAUCAAAUCUCCAUCAAUCAGAACACGACGACGGCCCACGAUGGAACCACGACAAUUAAGAGCACGCCGAAAGAUGAAAAGGAUUCGCCGUCACAUCGGAAUGAUGGAAGUCUGAUCAGCGGAGGAUCCGGAGUAGUUGCCGGAUCUGCCAGCAGCGGAGGUACCGGCUCUGGAAACAAAGAUGUCCUUGGUACACCCACAUCGAAUACAAAAAGCAAACUAUCCACCAACUCCAGUGCGACAGCCAAGAAAAGCGGGCACAUAAACAAAAAGAUUCGACAUCGAUGAUGACUGGUGCUGUAGGGUUCGCAUUAUAUAAUCUGCUCUUUAAUUACAAUUUUUACAAGUAAUAAUACGAAUGAAACUGUACAACUAUCUAGAUUUAUUUAUCGUAACACAAGUUUUCUGAUUCAUGGACCGGAGUCCUAAAUGAUAUUUACUGCACUGAAGCGGAAAAUAUUUUGAUGAUAACGAAUGUAAAACUCCCAUAAUUAUUACUCGACAUUUUCUCUGAAGAUUCUGAGUAUUUAACUAAAGAUUUAAUUUUUGAGUGA